AUGACUCGACGCUCGCGCCACCUCCACCAGGCGCUCGACGCCCUCUCCGCCCGAGCGCCGCCCGUCGACCUCACGCCACCUCCGUCCAGUGCUCGCCGCUCCACCACCUACCGCUGCAGCACCUCUGAGCGACUCCUGCACUCCGCCCCGCUGUCACUGUUUCCGCGCCCUCCGCCGGUCUCGCCGCUCCCGCAGCUAGCACCGGGCCCGCCCCAUCGCGCCGGAGAUCCGCCAAAGGCCCGAGAUCUGAUCACGCCGAUCGAUCCGGGAGUCUUUCCCCUCCGCCACAUCAUCCGCCGCCGCGCCACCACCGCCGCGCCCGACUCGCCCGCAGCCCGAGCUUUCGCGACCCUCCGCAAGAGCCUCCUCCUGCCGCCCUCUCCGCCCCCCUACGACGCCGUCCGAGCCGCUCCUCCGCCCGGCCGCGACGCCGCCGCUACCCACCGCCGCCGACGCCACUCCUUCGAUCCCGUCGCGGCACCCGCACCGCGCCGUUCUUUGCCCGUGCCGCCGCCACCCGCUGCGCCGCCGCCGUCGCCGCCAUCGCUGCCUAGUGUCAGUGCCGCCAAGAAGCCUUGGAGAAGGAGGCUCAAAUCGGGUCGGAACCGGGUCAAGCGACCCUCCAAACCGGGUAGGGUUUGGUCUUCGAAGUGGGUCAGGCUUGGGUCUGUCUUCGGGCCGGGCUUCAAAUUCAGCCCGUGGAAGCUGAAAGAGGGUUACCUCGCGAGUCGACCUCAGUCGCCUCUCUACGAAGCCAUGGGAAUCAGCAGCGUGCUGGACUCUGGAGGCAUGAGGAACUUAGCCAAUCUCAUGUGGCCUCAGGGAAAUCCGUUGUCUUGUGAAACACUGGAUUCGUAUGCUAGGAGGUUCUCAGAGUUGGAGCAACUGAUCACCAUGAUGGUGUUUCGAAGCUUAGGCGUGGAAAAAUAUCUGGAGUCGCAUAACGAAUCUUUAAGUCACACGAUCCGAGUCAUGAAAUACGAAGCGCCGAUGACUCGGGAGCCUCAGAUCGGAGCAAGAUCUCACUAUGACAAGACCUUCUUGACCAUACUUCAGCAGAAUCGCGUGGACGGAUUGGAGGUGCAAACGAAGGAUGGAAAGUGGUUUCAAGUGGCACCUUCGGCUUCGACCUUCAUAGUCAUGGUUGGAGAGUCGUUUCUGGUGAUCAUCUUUUCUUUCUCUCAUGCCAAGGCCUGUAAUUCAGAUUCGUCGUAGUAAUGGUGAUGGUUGGAUAAACUCAUUUUACUAUAUGAACCAAAUCAUUUAAAGAUGUUCUAUAUCUAAAUCCUAUUAGGACUCUCAAGAGAAUACAUGUCUCGAUUCUUGUGUUUUUCCUCACAUAUUAUACACUUUGAGGAUAUUUUAGUUGCUUCAA